UUGGGAAGAGUGCCUCUAACCACGUGCAGAGUGCUCUCCCACUACUGGGAGUGCAGUUUAAUUUCGAGAAACACCUCACACCCUUCUUAUUCCACAGGCCAAACUUUGGAUGUACAGGAGAGAAAGAAGGGAGAGAAGGAGAGUGAAUAUAGAAAGAGAGUGGAGGCUGUCACUAGUUCAGUCUCCAGAAAGAAAAAAGAUCAAAGAAGCUCUUCUAGAUUUUAAUGGACAUGGUCUGAGUUUUUCCCUUUUGCUAGAUGUUUUCUUCUGAGGCUCGCUCCGAGAAGGUUUUGCUCCUCAUGUGCAGGCCUCUAUAUUUGUGAGCAUCCUUCUGUCAAGGGAACAGAAACUGUGUUCCCUAUCCUGCGGUUUUGUUUGAUCAGUCAGGAUCUGUUUUGGUCCCUUGCUCUCUUUCUCUUUCUCCCAAUUUCUAUUCCGUUCCGGGUUUUUGUCUUUUCAAGCAGGCUGGAUGUCAUUUGAGAAAACCUUUGGAGAGGUGGGCAUCUCCAGUCCAAUCCCACUAUGUCUGGGAUUGGGAACAAACGGGCAGCUUCGGAGACUAGUCCUUCUGGACCUCCAGAGAAGAAGGCAGGUGUUGAGGACUCAGGGACUACAGUGGAGACCAUUAAGCUUGGUGGUGUCUCCUCAACGGAAGAACUGGACAUUCGCACCCUCCAGACCAAGAACCGGAAGCUGGCAGAGAUGCUGGACCAGCGGCAGGCUAUUGAGGAUGAGCUGCGGGAGCACAUAGAGAAACUGGAACGGCGGCAGGCCACGGAUGAUGCUUCGCUGCUGAUCGUCAAUCGCUACUGGAGCCAGUUUGACGAGAACAUCAACAUCAUUUUGAAACGCUAUGACUUGGACCAAGGCCUCGGAGACCUCUUGUCGGAGCGUAAAGCCCUGGUGGUGCCAGAACCGGAACCUGAUUCGGACAGCAACCAGGAGCGCAAAGAGGAGAGGGAGCGAGGAGAAAUAUUUGAGCCUGCUUUUUCUUUUCUGGCUACGCUGGCCAGCAGCACAAGUGAGGAAAUGGAAUCUCAGUUACAGGAGCGUGUGGAGUCUUCGCGCCGGGCAGUCACCCAGAUCGUGACCAUGUAUGAUAAACUCCAGGAGCGAGUGGACGUGCUGUCCCAGAAACUGAACAGCGGAGAUGUCUCACUGAUGGAAGAGGCUCUCCAAGAACUGAAUUCCUACCUGGUAAAUGAGAACAAGCGGCUGCAAGAACUGGCCGAUUUGCUUCAGGAAAAGCAUCGCAUCAUGUCUCAGGAGUUUUCUAAAUUGCAAAGGAAAGUGGAGAUGGCAGAGUCUCGCGUAUCCGUGCUGGAGACCAUGAUUGAUGACCUGCAGUGGGACAUUGACAAAAUCCGCAAGCGGGAGCAGAGACUCAACAGGCACCUGGCGGAUGUCCUGGAACGGGUAAACUCCAAAGGGUACAAGGUGUACGGAGCAGGAAGCAGCCUGUAUGGGGGUACAAUCACUAUCAACUCUCGCAAGUUUGAGGAAAUGAAUGCCGAACUGGAGGAAAACAAGGAGCUUGCUGAGAACCGCUUGAGUGAACUGGAGAAGCUGCGCCAGGAUCUUGAGGAGGUGACCACACAGAAUGACAAGUUGAAGGUGGAUCUGAGGCGGGCAGUGGAGGAGGUGGUGAAGGAAACCCCAGAAUACCGGUGCAUGCAGUCCCAGUUUUCUGUUUUGUAUAAUGAGAGCCUCCAGCUGAAGUCUCAACUGGAUGAGGCCCGCACGCUGCUGCACGGCACCCGAAGUACCCACCAGCGCCAGGUGGAACUCAUUGAGCGGGACGAAGUCAGCCUCCACAAGAAACUGCGGACGGAGGUCAUUCAGCUGGAAGACACCCUUGCUCAGGUUCGCAAGGAGUACGAGAUGCUGCGGAUUGAGUUUGAACAGACACUUGCGGCCAAUGAACAAGCAGGCCCCAUCAAUCGGGAGAUGCGUCACCUCAUCAGCAGCCUCCAGAAUCACAACCACCAGCUGAAAGGGGAAGUGUUGCGAUAUAAGCGGAAGCUGCGGGAGGCUCAGUCUGACUUGAGCAAGACCCGUUCCCGCAGUGGGAGUGCCCUCCUGCACUCCCAGUCCAGCAUGGAGGAGACCAAGGAGGAGCCGCCGGAGAUGAAACAGGAACCCGACGAUCCUACUUCUCAGGCUGCCCCCUCCAAGGGUCCCCCCGAGGAUGCUUCUGACAGCAAGGCAAAGCGGGACGAAGAGGAGAGGGAGCGAGAGCGGCGGGAGAAGGAGAGGGAGCGGGAGAAAGAGAAGGAGAAAGAGAAGGAGAGAGAACGGGAGAAGGAAAAAGAAAGGGAACGGGAGAAGCAGAAGCAGAAGGAAUCGGAGAAGGAGAGGGAAUCCACCAAGGAGAAGGACAAAGGAAAGCAUGACGAUGGCAGGAAAAAGGAAGCUGAGCUGGUGAAGCAGUUGAAGGCUGAUCUUAAGAAGGCCCAGGAAAGCCAGAAGGAAAUGAAGUUGUUGUUAGAUAUGUACCGCUCUGCCCCAAAGGAGCAGAGAGACAAAGUUCAACUGAUGGCUGCUGAGAAGAAGGCCAAAGCGGAGUUGGAGGAGCUGAGGCAAAGAGUGAAGGAACUGGAGGACAAGGAGAAAAAAGAGAGCAAAAAGAUGGCGGACGAGGAUGCCCUCCGGAAGAUCCGGGCAGUGGAGGAACAGAUAGAAUACUUGCAGAAGAAACUCGCCAUGGCUAAGCAGGAAGAGGAGGCGCUGCUCUGCGAAAUGGACGUGACAGGCCAGGCCUUCGAGGACAUGCAAGAGCAAAACAUUCGCCUGAUGCAGCAGCUGAGGGAGAAGGAUGACGCCAACUUCAAACUCAUGUCAGAACGCAUCAAAUCCAACCAGAUCCACAAGCUGCUAAAGGAAGAGAAGGAAGAGCUGGCAGACCAGGUUCUUACCCUGAAGACACAGGUGGAUGCCCAAUUACAAGUUGUACGUAAGCUAGAGGAGAAAGAGCAUCUACUGCAGAGCAACAUUGGCACAGGAGAAAAGGAGCUGGGUCUGCGAACCCAGGCCCUGGAGAUGAACAAACGGAAGGCUAUGGAUGCAGCUCAGCUGGCUGAUGACCUUCGGGCACAGUUAGAGCUGGCCCAGAAGAAGUUGCACGACUUCCAGGACGAGAUUGUGGAGAACAGUGUGACGAAAGAGAAGGACGUGUUCAACUUCAAGCGAGCCCAGGAAGAUAUCUCGAGGCUACGAAGGAAACUGGAGACCACCAAGAAACCUGACAUGGUUCCCAACUGUGAUGAGAUCCUUAUGGAGGAGAUCAAAGAUUACAAGGCCCGUCUGACCUGUCCCUGCUGCAACAUGCGCAAGAAGGACGCUGUGCUCACCAAGUGCUUCCACGUCUUCUGCUUUGAGUGCGUGAAAACCCGCUAUGACACCCGGCAGCGCAAAUGUCCAAAGUGCAACGCUGCUUUUGGGGCCAAUGACUUCCAUCGCAUCUACAUUGGUUGAGUCUUCUGAGCUGCGCGAGGCCAGAGAGUCCUCUCUUGCUGCCUGUCACCAUACUUGUUGCUCAUCACAGGCUGGAUACUGCCCUGCUCUGUCACCUACGUUCUCCCUUAUUUUUUUAAAGGCAAAUCCGCUUUGUUUAGAGGGUACAACAGGGUUACUUUUUGUACUAGUUUUUUUGCUUCUCUUUCUCCGGGUUUUCUUCUGGCUCUUUUUGCUUUGUUAGCACUGCCAACCCCAAACCCGGUCCUCAGCCUGUGCCUUUUAGGGAUGGUUGUUGUGAAGAAAUGGGGUUCAGUUUUGGCCCUGAUGUGACUUGGCCAGUGGCUUAAACCAAACAGCAACCUUAAGACUGGGAAAUUGGCUUGGAAUGAGUUUCAUCAAGGUUUCUUGCUGCUUUUAAGUUAAUUUUUACCCCCUUGUUGCUUUCUAAUAAAAGAGAAAACUCUUCUUCCCAGUCAAAAUGUCUUCCUGUGUUGUGUAUGUCCGUGCUUGCAGGUGCAUGCAUCGAGACUCUUGUACCAUAAUGAUGGUGAGCAUAAUUGCUUCCUUCUAGGGGUGGUUCAGGGUGACCUGUUGUAGCCAUUAAAGAGCUUAUGGCAGGCAGGCACUCGAGUGGGAAGAAGAAUGGAGCCACCAGUGUGCUUAAGGCGGAACCGAAAACAACCUUUUGAAGCAGGGCAAGAAUUUCCAGUGAAGUACAUUGUGGUGUAGUGGUUAAGGUGUUGGACUACGACCUGGGAGACCAGGGUUCAAAUCCCCACACAGCCAUGAAGCUCACUGCGUGACCUUGGGCCAGUCACUGCCUCUCAGCCUCAUGAAAGGGUCGCCAUAAGUCCGAAUCGACUUGAAGGCAGUACAUUUACAUUUUACACAUAAUCGGGGUUGAGAUGCUGAAGACAAUGGGGCCUCCUCUCCGUGGUCCAUAUGCCUUGAUGCAGGCCCUAUGUAAGGCGCGGUGCGUCCUUGAUCGAGGGUGUGCUUUCCCAUACCAGGAGUGUGGAGCCUUCUGCCAUGCCCUGUUUUGUAUGGGACCAAUUCAUAGGGCUGGAGUUUGAACCAGGCCUUUGGGACCAUCUCUCCGUGGAGUAGUCCUUUGGGGCUGAAUCAGGGUGGAUGGGAAGAGAGCGGCCAGUCUUUAGUUGGUUACUUCUAUCAGCCUGCUCUAACUCUUCCAGAAAAGACUUCUUUUUUUGCUAUGAAAAUAAUUGAUGGGACGUACAUCUGCUUCAAUAAAAUGUGUGCUUCUA